UCAAUACUCCUUUUUAUCAAUACCAUAGCCAUGGAGAAAACGUUUGUUAUAUGUGUAGCUUCAAGAGCAAAUGUAAUUUUAGUGCUUCUUGCUUUAACUAUUUUCCAAGUAGUACAAGGAAUUGGUGUUAAUUAUGGCACAAUAGCUAACAAUCUUCCACCACCAUAUCAAGUUGCAAAAUUUCUCUUGCACUCAACCAUAAUUAACAAGGUGAGAAUCUUUGAUGCCAACCCUGAAAUCUUACAUGCUUUUGCUAAUACUGGAAUAGAGAUAACCAUAACAAUACCUAAUGACCAAAUCCCUAACAUAACUAAUCUAACCUUAGCUCAACAAUGGAUCAAUACAUAUGUCCAACCUUUUAUCCCUUCAACCAACAUCAUAAGAAUUCUAGUAGGCAAUGAAGUCUUAUCAACAGCUAACAAGCUUCUUAUUAUAAACCUUGUUCCUGCCAUGCAAACUUUACACACUGCCCUUGUAACUGCCUCAUUAGACAACCUUAUAAAAGUGUCCACACCACAUUCUUUGGGUAUUUUGUCAAAUUCAAGUCCACCAUCUAGUGGUAGGUUUAGACAAGGCUAUGACAUACAUGUAAUGAAACCAAUGCUUAGGUUUCUUAAAGAUACUAAUUCACCUUUCAUGGUCAACCCUUACGCUUUUUUUGCUUGCACUUCAAGCAACCUAGAUUUUGCGCUUUUUCGUGCAAAUUCAGGGGUUUUAGAUGAUAACACUAAACUACUUUACACCAAUAUGUUUGAUGCACAACUUGAUGCCGUUUAUUCGGCAAUGAAAUUUUUGGGGUUUGAGGAUGUUGCAAUUGUUAUUGGUGAAACGGGUUGGCCAUCAAUGGGCAACUCGGCCCAAAUUGGUGUUAACCCGAAGAGUGCUUCCGACUAUAAUGGAAAUCUUAUAAGACAUGUAACUUCUGGAGUUGGAACUCCUCUCAUGCCGAAUCAGACUUUUGAUACCUAUAUUUUCGCUUUGUUUGAUGAGAAUCUAAAGCUCGGCCCAAUAUGUGAGAGGAAUUUUGGGUUGUUUUGGCCCAAUAUGACUCUUGUCUAUGAUGUCUCGAUAAUGAGAAACAAUGUGGUUGUUGCUAACAAUCAUUCUAAAGUAAUUAGCGGUGCAACUUGUUAUCCGUUUGUCUUUCAUUCAUAUGUAAUUAUCCUAUAUUUAUUAAUGGAAAGCUACAAAUUUUAG